CAGCCGCCGAUCGAGAUCGGGGAUCGCUGUUCGGUGAUCGAUGAUUGCAUUCCACUUCUGGUCUGUUACUGGUUCGCGGACGCGGGUUUUGGUUUAGCUGUUCGGAACUUCGGUUUUGUUUUCAUUUUCUGUAUUUUGUUCGUUUCUGACGUGUUUUGUUAUUGUUAUGGAGCGUUGUUGAACAAAAGUGUAGUGUUUCUUUUUCACACUGAAAAAACAAAAAUGGUAAUUAGCGAUGAAUUUAGUGCGGAUUUCGUUUUUCAACAUUCGAAUGUUGCUGGUGACUAUAAUCAUGUAGCGUUUGCGUUUCUAUCGUGAUAAAAUAUGUGUUAAGUGCUUGACGCGGUUCCCGGUAACUCGAUUCUUAUUUUUGUCAACAGUUCCAAGAUACCUACGUUUGGUUUAUUUUUCCAAUCGGUGCCCAUCGAUUUGACUCGUUAAAGUUGAAAAUUUUGUUAGUUACGUAUUUAUACAUUACUGACGAAUGCGUUCGCGAUGUGUCCUCCUCGGUCGCUUUCAUUUCAUCUCAAUUUUAACGCGCCAAAUUGAAAGUUGGAGCGUGAAUAAAUGUACAAAUACUCGUAUAGGUACCCGUACCUACCUACUACGUAAAUCACUACCUAUCCCUAUAGCCAAAUUAUUGUCGGUAAAGAAAUUCAAACCUUGUUCGAACGACAAAUGUUGGGAAUCAAAGUGAUCGUUUGUAUUUACUCGUCGUAUUUUCGCAUCGUACUCGUAUAAUCUUCGAGAUCGUCGUCGCCACUUGCCCGCAAAAUGGGAUUCUCUUCCGUCACGUUGGAGGGUAAAGAAGCUCACGAAGCUUUACUUUCGAGGCAAGAUUCGGAAAUCCGACUAUUAGAAUUGAUGAGAAGGUGUCUGGUGAUGAAAGUGAAACACGACAAAGAUUACGCUUCCGCCUUGAGCACAGUCGCCAGUCAAGGGCAAAAAGUCGAAAAACUCGAAGAUAUGAAAGAAAGUAACGUGUUCAAAGCUUGGAAAGUACUGAUGGAAGAACUGGAAAACUUGGGCAAGUUGUUCAGAAGUAACGCCGAUACGAUCGAGAAAAAAACUCUGGAUAAGCUCAAUACCAUCUACAAUGAGAAACGCAAAGCUAAAAAACAUUAUCAAGACGAAUAUAAUCGCCUUUGCCAACAAUUCUCCAACUUGUCUGAAGAGGUGAUGAAGAAAAAAUCCGAUUACUUCAGAUACUUGGACGAAUACCGAUUGCUGAGGUCUAGAUUUGAGAAACAAUACUUCGAAUUUGGAAGAAGUGGCAAAGACGUGCGCGAAAAAUGUCAAAAAGCCUGCAGAAAGCUGCAUCAAGUGCACAACGAAUAUGUUUUAUUAAUCGCCGAUGCUCAAGAAACGCGACAAGAUUUUAAUACCAUUUUAUUACCGUGCCUGCUGGAGCAACAACAAUCCGUGUUUCAAGAUUUAAUGUGCACAUGGCAAACGCUGCUAAAAGAAUUAGUUCAGUGUUGGAAUGUGCCAGCGGCGCAGUUUGCAGAAUGUUGUAAUAACGCUGAGAACGCUAUUAAUAACAUUAAACCACCACUGGAAUACAAAAUGUUAAUCAACGAACAGAACUGCAGUGUUGCAAAUUCGACGAAUGAAAACGAAGACUUCACAUUCGACAAUCGUUUGGUCGAAGAUACAACCGGAAAAUUGUUACCAAAUCAGCUAACUGUUGAUAACUUGACCGUCGAGUGGUUGAAGAAAAAAGCUAACGAAUUGGAAAUGACGUUGAAAGAGUGCCAAAACAGUCUGAAUGCCAGUAAGGAUAACAAUACGGCCACCGCUGCUGUUACCCAUAAUUUAACCAUUUCCGAACUUCGUAGCAAAGAACGUAAAUUAAUUCGCCAAAUAGAAGUGAUUCGAAAAGCUUUAUCGGAUACCGGUUGCGAAGAACUACCCAACGGUUGCGAUUUGGAUAAUUCUUUCGAACAAAAUAACGAUAUUCAGCCUUUGAACAGGUGUUUGAAACGCGCUUCUUUAUCGUCCCUGCAUCAGAAUUCGUCGUCGAUAUCGCCUACGUCGCAGAUCAGCAUUGUCGAUAAAUUAUGGAAACCUUUUCGCCGGAAAUCGGCUCCGAAUUCGCCAGAAAUGGAGUCGCGCAGUGUCCACGGAAGCGCCAACGAACAGCCUAGUUCAGGAUUAGGUUCUUCGAUGAGAUCUUUAGUGGACGAAGAAUGGUUUCACGGUGUACUGCCUCGAGACGAAGUAGUUCGAUUGCUUCGCGCCGAAGGUGAUUUCUUAGUUCGAGAGACGGUGCGAAAUGAUGAAAAUCAGGCUGUCUUGUCCGUUUUGUGGGGCGGACGUGAUAAGCAUUUCAUUGUACAAACAACUUGCGACGGUGAAUACAGAUUCGAAGGACCGUCCUUCCCGACGAUACAAGAAUUAAUCAAUUUCCAAUACCAUAACGGAAUAGCAGUUACGAAUCGUUCGGGCGCUAUACUCAAAAGACCAAUACAGAGAGAGCGAUGGGAAUUGAAUAACGACGAUGUUCAUAAAUUACAAAAAAUAGGCAAAGGUAAUUUCGGCGACGUGUACAAAGCUAUUUUACUUUCGAGUAACGAAGAAGUGGCGGUAAAGACAUGUCGAGUCACCGUUCCGGACGAAUAUAAGAAAAAAUUUCUACGCGAAGGACGUAUUCUAAAACAGUACGAUCAUCCGAAUAUUGUGAAAUUUAUCGGUAUCUGCGUUCAGAAGCAACCAAUCAUGAUUGUGAUGGAGUUGGUACCAGGCGGCAGUCUACUAACGUUUCUAAGAAAAAAUUCCACAUCUUUGUCGAGUUUGCAAUUGCUGAAAAUGUGUCGCGACACCGCAGCCGGUAUGUGUUAUCUAGAGAGCAAAAAUUGCAUUCACAGGGACUUGGCUGCCAGAAAUUGUCUAGUCGGUAAAAAUAACACCGUCAAGAUAUCGGAUUUCGGUAUGUCGCGCGAAGAAGAAGAAUACAUCGUAUCCGACGGUAUGAAACAAAUUCCUAUCAAAUGGACUGCUCCGGAAGCUCUAAACUUUGGGAAAUAUACUUCACUGUGCGACGUCUGGAGUUACGGAAUUUUAACGUGGGAAAUAUUUUCAAGAGGUGAAAAUCCUUACCCAGGCAUGAGUAAUUCCGAAGCUAGAGAAAAAAUUGAUUCCGGUUAUCGUUUGCCAGCUCCUGAAGGAACUCCUGACGAAAUGUACAGCUUGAUGAAGAAUUGCUGGCAAUACGAGCCCGAAAACAGGCCACACUUCGACGAUAUUCUAAGAAUUGUGGAAGUGCUAACCGAUGCGUAUUCUUAAACAAUUAAUACCUACGGACGUUCAAAUACUCGGGCGAUUUUCUUUCAUUUAUGUGAUGUGAUACUCGUACAUAUUUUGAACUCGAACACGAUUCACUGCAGUGAAACAUACUCAAAAUAUGUGUGCAAGGCAGUUGAACGUGGCCGUGGUAGCAGUAUAUUUUUUAUGUAUGUGUAUGUACUACCUGUACCUAGAUCUAUACCUACCCUAUUACAUUGUUCCAUACGUAAUACGCAUUUUUAUACGAAUUAGUGAUUGUAUUGUAAGUUAUAAAAUGGUACGUGAUAGUGUUCAUUUUUCAACUAAGUAGGCUUACUUGUUUUCCCUCUAUCAUCUACCUAUAACAUGUCUUUUAUUGUAGACUACGUUGAUUUACGAUUCAUCGUUAUUUAGGUAAUUAAGUAUUUAAAUGUGCUCGUCUUUACUCUCGUUAGGUAUUCGUACUCGUAUUAUUACAUUACCUAUACUCAUUACGCAAUACGCAUUUUGUACUCUCGUUCUCGUACUCGUACUUACAAUUAACCGACAGUCUUUCAUUAUUUUUUAGUCAAUAAUAAUUGUUACGAUUUUAUUAUUAUGUACUUAUAUACCUAGGUAUCCUAUAGCAAUACCUGAUUUUUCUUUGUUUGCUACAUAAGUAUGUACUCGUAUUUACGUAUGUAGGUACAAUUAAUUUAACGAUUAUAGUGCCGUAUUAUUUUCUUUUUACUUUCUUUUGUACGGUUAAAUUAGUAUAUUUGAACAUCUGCGAUGAAUUACCAUCAACAAAUUGGUGAAAUACGUAAAUGAUCCUUCGUAUUUUCGUUGCACUGUUUUUCGAAAAUUUUCUAUCGCGUUUAAGUUUACAUUUUUCAUAAUUACCUAUCAAUCGUCGCGUUAUUAAAAUUUAUUUUAUACUUA